UCCGCAUCUAUCCUCCCCACUCGUUCAACGUUCAACAUCGAUCGCCGACUCAAUCCUUGUCUCUUUGUAUCGGUUCUAUCUAGACGAGCGGUCAAUCGAGCCCGCUCAUCUCGCACAUCGAUCCGUCGCUUCCCGCGCAUCACUUGCGACCCAUAAGGAGUCUGUUGGGAAACAUUGGACCACGAAGCUCUAGGAUAUUGUCGGUCGGAAGUCGAGGAAAUUCGCCGGAUCCCAAUAUGUCGUCCGCUCCGACCGCAGACAUGACCCCCGCGGAGGCUGAGUCCGUCUACUUCAACAACUACCCCCCUCCCAAAGCUCUUCCGAAGCACGAGGCCCUGGCGCGCGCCUUCGUGGACUUGCAUGUCCAAGCGGGCCGGCGACUGGUCCUCGUCACUUCCGGAGGCACCACCGUUCCUCUGGAGAAUCAAACCGUGCGCUUCAUCGACAACUUCAGUGCCGGCACUCGCGGUGCCGUGUCGGCGGAGUACUUCCUGCAACAGGGCUAUGCCGUCAUUUUCCUCCACCGUCAGUUCAGUCUGCUGCCAUACUCGCGACACUACAGCCACUCGACCAACUGCUUCCUCGACUUUAUGGACGAUGACGAGUCCGACUCGGAAGACGGCCCGGUCGUGGUGUGCAAGGAAUACCAGGAUCAGAUGCGCGACGUGUUGCGCAAGUACAAAUACGCCAAACGAAACAACCUCCUCCUACUCCUCCCCUUCACUACCGUCUCCGAGUAUCUGUUCGAACUGCGGUCGCUGGCGCAGUUGAUGAAGCCCCUGGGGCCCCACGCCCUUUUCUACCUGGCGGCAGCGGUGAGCGACUUCUUCAUCCCCCGCGAUCGCAUGUCGGAGCACAAGAUCCAGUCGUCGGAGUUACCGAGCCACCUGAAAAGCAGCGGCCAGGGCGAAGAUUCGUUGGACAUAUACACCGGAGGACUGGAGCCGCAGCCGGUGCCGAACCGGAGCAAGAAACUGGUCAUCGACCUGGACCCGGUGCCCAAAUUCCUCCACCGGCUCGUGGACGGCUGGGCACCGGAUGGGAGCAUGGUGGUCUCCUUCAAGCUGGAGACGGACCCCAAUCUGCUGGUGUACAAGGCGAAAACCGCCCUGGAACGGUAUGCCCAUCACCUGGUGAUUGGCAACCUGCUGACGACGCGGAAAUGGGAGGUGGUGUUUGUCACGCCGGAGCCUCCAUAUGAGCGUUGGAUCCGAGUGCCCAAGUCGCGGCGCAGCAAGAGCAUUUCCGGUAGCGAAGACCAGGUCGGGUUGGCCGAGGCGGCCAAACAGCGGGCGGGCGAAGCCGCGCUGACGGGAGAAACCAGUGGGGGCGGCAGUGGCAGUGGCAGUGGCAGUGGUGGUGCCCCCGAUCGAGUCCCCGAGGUGGUCACCUCCGCGGAAGAGGGGGUCGAGAUCGAGAGUCUGAUCAUUCCGGAGCUGGUCAAGUUGCAUUCCAACAAGAUUGCCCAGUACGGUCGGUCGGCAUAAUGUUGUAGCAUAGAUGGUGGUGGUGGUGGUGAUUUUGCGGGUUGCAGGAAAAGAGAGAGUAAACAAACUAUUGCGACUGUUGAGGAGGUCGGAGUCUGUGACUGAUUCUAGAGAGAAAGGAGCUAGGGACACUUCUUAGUGUGAGUAGCUUAAACCCUGUAGUGUGAGUAUGAGCAUACCC